CACCGCCAGACCGCGACCGCGCUCCGACGCUACAGCACGUCUGCUGACGCUACUAGAGCCUCACAUUGACAAUAUCGAUAUAAAUAUCGCGAGUGUUUAUUUACCGAUCAAAAUUUGAGGCAACGAACUUGCUUCAAGAUUAUUUAGUGAAUUACUGACUGGAUUUUUGCUGUAGCAGAGUAAAAUGGCGCACGAUCACAGCGCGCACGCACACAUGCCCGGCAUGGACAUGGCCAACAUGGGCAGCAUGGCCACACCCACACACGACCACCACGACAUGGACGACGGCUGCUCCGGACACAUGCACGCCAUGGUGUUCCACACGGGCGUCUGCCAAGAGAUCCUGUUCAGCGGCUGGAUGAGCACCACAGCGCUGGAGCUGUUCGGCUCAGCGGUAGCCAUCUUCCUGGCGGGCGUGCUGUACGAGGGGCUCAAGUACUACCGCGAGGCGCUGCACGCGCGCGCCACCUCCGUGCGCGGCGACUCGCAGGUCAACAUCACCAAGAACGAGUGCGGCGCCAAUGGGAACUGCGGGGGCACUGCAGUCGUCAAAUACUCAAUGCUAUCAACGGGCCACUUCAUCCAAACCCUCCUCCACAUCGUGCAGUCGACCGCCUCGUACGUGCUGAUGCUCGUGUUCAUGACCUACAACGUGUGGCUGUGCGUGGCGCUGGUCGCCGGCCUGGCCGUCGGCUACUUCUGCUUCGGCUGGCGGAAGAACACAGUCGUCGACGUCACGGAGCACUGUCAAUAGACUAUAUACCUACUUCGUCUGAGCUAACUCUGCACCGAUAAAAAUAAAGUGUGAAACUGCCAUCGUCAUAUUUUCGUAUGAAAUUUGACGAUUAUGAUAAACAUUCUACACUGUGUCAUUGCAAAGAGUUAGCUUGGUCCAGCACUCGCGGCUAGAAUAAGUUGUUUUUCUCAUUUAUAUUAAGUAGAUUAAGUGAGAAAAUCCACCAUGAUCUAAGUUAGUGCAGCGAUGAAUUGCAUAUUUAUAUUGUAAAAUAAGUAAAGCCUUAUAAGGAGAGCAGCUGUAUUGGACACCGUUAAAAUUAUGAAGCAAUGAAGAUCGG